UGUGGGAUGCUUCAAAGUUUGUGUGAGAGACGAAGGGGAGGGGUAGAGUGGAGAGAGGGAGGAAGGGGAGGGUUAGGGUUAUGCUUUCACUGGCCUGGCUGACCUAUCAUCGUGCUCUGCUUUAGAGGCCCUGUAGGUGAUGCACAUGCAGAGGGGAGAGGAGACACUCGCCGUUAAAGUUAUCUGUGCUGCGGGGGGCCACUUGCCUUGCGACAUUUGGCACCACUAAUUGCCUCUCUGAUUAAUUAGACUACCUGUGAUGGUGCAAAUUGUAGCGUGGAGAGUCCCUGCUGCGCUGUGAACUCCUACUGCCUCCUCUUUUGUUCUGAGCCAACGUUCACCAUGACACCGGAUAGAGACGCCUGUUAGACGCAAUGACAGCCAACAAGGAGAAGAGAAGGGCGAUCAGCCGCGACGCCGCCAGAAGGAGGCGACGGGUAGAGUCCGAGGUGUUUGAAGAUUUGUCUCGCCUCCUGCCGCUCCAACCGUCUGUCCGAGCUCACCUGGACAAGCCCUCAGUGAUUCGCCUCACCCUCAGCUACAUACGCAUGCACACACUGCUCAAAGGGGAGACUGGGACGAAAGCAAAGGCUAGUCACAUAGUAACACGUGGACAAGUGAUGGAACGUCACGGGUGUGACGGAGGACGCAAGGAGAAGGAGAACGAAACAGAGGAAGUCGAGGCCUUGGAGGAGACAAACCUGUACCUGAGGAUCCUGGAGGGAUUUCUGAUCGUCCUGUCCACUGAGGGAGACAUGAUCUACUUGUCUGACAACGUCAGCAAGUACAUGGGCUUGACACAGAAUGAGCUGAUGGGACACAAUAUUUUCGAGUUUACGCACCCUUGUGACCACGAAGAAAUCAGAAACAAUCUACGUCUAACAGCAGAGGAGGUUUGGUGCGGUGCAAAGAGAGACUUUGUCAUGAGGAUAAAAAGCGCUCUGACACACAGAGGAAGAAGCGCCAACCUCAAGUCAGCUACGUGGAAGGUUCUCCACUGCCAGGGCCGAGCGAAGGUGUGUGUCGCCCCGUCUUCAGUUUCCUGCCUGCUGCUGACCUGCCAGCCUCUGCCGCUCUCACACACACUCCUCAGCACACACACCUUCACCAGCCAGCAUAGCAUGGACAUGAGGUUCACGUACUGUGACCAGAGAAUGACUCUGCUUUUAGGUUACAGUACUGAUGAGCUGCUGGGCCGUUCCGUCUAUGAUCUCUGUCACACACUAGACAUAAAGCUUUUGACCAAAAAUCAUCUCAACUUGUGUUUGAAGAGUCAGUCAGUCAGCGGUCAGUACAGGAUGCUGGUGAGAGGUGGAGGUUACGUUUGGGUGGAGACUCACAGUGCCGUCAUCCCCAGUGUCCGACCAUCCAAGUCCAGGCCUGGCGCCCACCAGCCGCUCUGCAUCCUCUGUGUGACCUAUGUCCUCAGUGGAGUGGAGGAGCCGUCCUUGCAGCUCUCUGUGGACCAGAUUGUACAAAUCUGAGCUGAAGCUUGAGUCUGAAGAACAGUCUGCAAAACCUGCAUCCUCGAAGAAACAACAACGAUCUUCUCUACCUCCAUCUGCCAAUUCUUAUCAGUUAAUUUCAUUAAGUAUAAUUUUUCUUGUGUAUUUUGUCAACCACUGAUGUUUCUGUUUAGUAUUCGGAUAAAGCCUCGAAUAUUUGAACUGUCAGAACCCUUGACAACCAGACAAUUAAUCCAAACCGUGGGAAAUGAUUGUACAUUUUAAGCGGGUUUAAGAAGCACAACUUUUGACUUCCUUAAAAGAAAAUUGAAAGCUUUAGGUGUAGACUGUGGUUGACAGACAGUUGACGGGGCGUUGUGAGAGUUGAAAUAUGUCGACGAAAGCAGGCAGUGUGACUUUUUUCUGACCUCUCCGGGCCUGACCUUACUUCCUGUGGGGUUUCCUUUUGGGCCACCUGACACGUGGGGUGACGUCUGACUGUCAAACAUAAUGUGUACACACACACACACACGCACACCCACACACACACACACACACACACACACACACACACACACACACUCUCACACACACACACACACACACAGUGUAUAUAGCGAAAUAGGCAUUGUGCUGAUGAGAUGCGAGCAGACAAGUCAAAGCCACAGCUUCCUGAAAGAGACUAGCGAUAGGAAAGUUCUCGUGGGAACUUUUUAAACUUUUUACCUCUUGACUUUUGAAUUCUCACACACACACCACACACACACACACACACACACACAC